AUGUCACCAAAGUCGGGCGCCGCCACGCCUUCAUCCGAGAUGGACACCUCCGACCCAAUCGCCAUCGUGGGAAUGGCCGUGAGGCUUCCCGGUGGCGUGAAGAACACAGAAGACUUCUGGAACCUGAUGAUGAAUAAGCAAAGCGGUCUCAUCCCCAUCCCUAAAGAGAGAUGGAACAGCGAAGGCUUCUACAGUCCUGUUGCGAAAUGGGGAACCGUUCAAAACAAAGAGGCUUACAUGUUCAGCCAAGCCGAUAAUGACCUUACAAAGUUUGAUGCCUCUUACUUCACAUGUGGUGAGAAGGAAAUCGAGCGCAUGGACCCCAUGCAAAGACAACUGCUAGAGAUCGCGCGCGAAUGUCUGGACAAUGCCGGCGAGACUAACUGGCGCGGCCAAGAGAUUGGCUGUUACGUCGGCAACUUCUCAUCAGAUUGGCAAGAUGACUUGUCCAUGGACCCGCACGCUUCUGGCCUAUACCGAGGAUCUGGCUACCUCGACUUCUUACAGCCUAACCGUGUGUCAUAUGAGUAUGGCUGGACUGGCCCGAGUAUGCUUGUCAAGACUGGGUGCUCCUCAUCCAUGGUCGCUCUACACCUAGCUGCUGAAGCCGUUCAAAACGGAACCUGCAAGUCGGCAAUGGCUCUUGGAUGCAACCUCAUCACAUCAGUCAUCACAUCUAUUGUCUUCACAGAAACCGGUGUCUUGUCUCCCAGCGGCAAAUGUAAAACCUUCGAUCUGCUUGCCGAUGGGUACGGCCGCGGUGAAGCCGUCAAUGCUGUCUACGUCAAGAGACUAAGCGAUGCUCUAAGAGACGGUAACCCAGUCAGAGCCAUCCUUAGAGCAAGCGGCACCAACAAUGAUGGUCGAUCCAACGGUAUCAUGAGUCCAAACACUUACUUGCAAGAGGCCUUGAUUCGAAAGACUUACGAGAAGGCCGGUCUACCAUUCAACAAGACGGCCUUCUUCGAGUGCCAUGGCACUGGUACUCCUACUGGUGACCCGCUUGAGGUGGCAGCAGUCGCUCGGAUCUGGAAGGAUCACGAUGGUGUGAUGAUUGGUGCUGUCAAACCCAAUGUCGGACAUUCAGAAGGUGCGGCAGGCUUGACAAGUGUCAUCAAGGCAGUCCUCGCGUUGGAAAACCGAGUGAUUCCGCCAAACAUCUACAUGGAAAACCCCAAUCCAAGGAUUCCAUGGAAUGAGGCAAAGCUUUCGGUUCCAACCGAGCCAACUUUCUGGCCUGCAGAUAGAGACGAGCGUAUCAGUGUCAACUCUUUUGGUGUAGCUGGCUCCAAUGCUCAUGUCAUUCUGGAGUCGUACGAGGGUUGGCAAAAGCUUCAAGAUGAUGCCAGCUCCAUCAGCUCAGACUCCGGCGUUAGCGUUCGCUCUCUUGGCCAGCGACUCUUGUUAUUUUCCGCUGCCCACUUGAAUUCUCUCGAAAAGCAGGUGGACCAACACAAGCAAUACAUUGAGACAAAGAGCGCUGAUUUGGACGACCUUGCUUACACUCUGGGCCAUCAUCGUGACCACCUCAGCUGCAGGGCCUAUGCUAUUGCCAACGAGGAGGGCGCCUUUGACCCGAGCAGCUUCAAGCGCAAGCCAACCACCGCCCGGCGGCUCAUUCUUACCUUCACUGGACAGGGUGUACACUGGGCUGGUAUGGGGAAAUCUCUGAUCGAAACCAAUGAGGUGUUCCGUGGAUCCAUCAGGAAGCUAGACAUUUGGCUCCAGUCACUUCCUGAAGAACACCGGCCAACCUGGACCUUGGAGAAGGAGCUGUGUAUCGACGAUGACUCUAGCAGGGUUGGCCAGCGAGGAUACUCUCACCCUUGCGCAACUGCCGUUCAGAUAGCGUUGGUCGACGUUCUCGCUAGCCUCGGGGUUCGUCCUGAUGCUGUUACUGGCCAUUCUGGAGGAGAGGCUGCUGCUGCCUAUGCCGCUGGCAGUGUCUCUGCCGAAGCGGCCAUGGCAGUUGCCUACUUCCGUGGCUGGCUCUUGGUCAAUGGCACAGUUCCCCAUGGUACCAUGGCUGCUGUCAGUCUUGGCCCGAAGGAAGUCGAGCCUUUCUUAAUCCCAGGUGUGGUUAUCGGGUGCGAGAACAGUCACCUCAACUCCACGCUGUCAGGUGACCCUGUAUGCAUCCAACACUGCGUUGACCAGAUCAUGCGCCGCCACCCCGACGUCAAGGCCAAGGUUCUCAACCUGGAGACAUCCUUCCACUCCCCAUGGAUCGAGCCUUUGGCAGGGCCAUACGAGGAGCUUCUGAAGCCAUACCUCGCCGAUGCCAAGGCUCCGACAGUUCCCCACUUCUCGAGCGUCACCGGUCUUGAGAUGACCGAAGCUGAGUUUGGAGCCAACUACUGGCGACGAAACUUUGUUCAGCCUGUGUUGUUUAAUACGGCGAUGCGGGCGAUCUUGAAGAGUAACAACAACAACCUCUUUGUUGAGGUCGGCCCCCAUCCGGCUCUUCAACGCCCCAUCAGUGAGAUUCUUCGCAACGUACCCGAGUCUUCCUGCGAAUACAUCAGCACUCUCCGCCGUGCUGAAGACACUAACCUGUCUAUGCUCCGUCUGGCUGGCGAGCUCUUUGUACAAGGAGCUCCGGUCGACAUGUCCACUAUCAUAUCCAAGGGCAGAGUUUUGACUGACCUGCCGACCUAUCCUUGGCUCCACGACGUGACUUAUAUGGAUGAACCUCGAAAUCCUUCCCGUUACAAGCAAAGAAAGCAUACCAGACACGUGCUUCUCGGUGCUAGAGUUCUUGAGGGCAAUGAUAUUGAGCCUGCCUGGCGAAACAUGCUUGACCUCAAGGAAGUUCCGUGGUUGAUGGAUCACAUCGUCAAUGGUCAGAUCGUCUUCCCUGGAGCUGGCUACGUGGCAAUGGCGGGAGAAGCCAUGCGUCAGGUAGCCAGUGGCUCAGAUGCGUACACCAUUAGGGAUAUGUCAAUCAUCACUGGCAUGACUGUUCCUAAAGAGAAGAAGAUGGAACUUUACACGCGCAUGAUUCCGGAAGACAAGCCAAGCAAUGAAGGCCAAUGGUACAACUUCAAGAUCAUGUCCUACGAUGGAUACGCCUGGGUCACGCACUGCUCCGGCUUCAUCCGUUCUGGAGCUGAGGCAGAGAAGACCUCUAUCACAAACUCUCAAGCCCAGCAAGAAUUUGCUCGCGAGAUCGACGCUGAGGGCUGGUACAGGGCCGUAAAGGCCGUUGGCAUUGACUGGCAGACCGCCUUCCAAGGGCUUGAGCAGAUCACCGCGAACACAGUCAACAGGGAAGCCACAGCGACAGUGUAUGACUUUGAAGACACAACGCACUAUGCUGCUCAUCCGACGCUCUUGGAUCAAAUGCUUCAGAUUAACCUCGUGGCGCAGACGCAUGGCCAAAAGCGGCGCCUGGACAGCAUCCUGCUCCCUACUUUCAUCUCGCGGCUGGGUGUGCUCGGGAACCAGGACCUCUGUAUGAGAGCUUAUGGCAGUAUACAGGAGGAUGCUAAAGGCAUGAACGCGAACGCUGCAAUCUACACAGAUGAAGGUCGUCCCACGGUGUAUCUGGAAGGCCUCUCCUACUCUGAGCUACCUGUCGCCAAGCGCGAAGAAGUUCUCCUUGGAAGCACCUUUGAAUGGCGAGAGGACAUUACCAUGCUGGACUCCCUUGCAGAAGUUGGGAUCACCAACUCAACCUUUGCCAAAGACAUUACCGAAGCAAUUUCUCUCCUCGGCUUCAAGUCUCCGGACUCGAAGGUCUUGGAGAUUGGAUCUGGAUCAACCGACAUUACUCGACUUGCUCUUAAUGCUCUGCAACCUACCCAUCACAAGCGACUUUACUCCGAAUACACCUAUGUGUGCACCUCUGAAGAGCAAGUUGAACAAGUCACAGAGUCUGUUGCGACUCUAGAAUGUGAUAGCGUCUCGGUCGUUGAUCUCGAGCAACUUUGCAUGUGCAACACGACUGACAUUGUCCUCUCGUCGCUUUCGACCUUGUUGUCGGACGACCGCUACUUGCUUGAUGAUUUGACAGAGCUCAAAUCACUUCAGACUGCUGGAAGUCGACUGGUCAUUCACAACGACGGCAUUGCAACCGGCGAAACCUCCAAUAGUGAAAGGAUCAGCCAGAGACUGAACAGCCUUGGCUACGUCCUUCAUUCACAGACAUCGACUGGUUUGAUACUCGCUGAGCCAGUGAAGCGUGUCAAGAUGGAAAAGAGCACAAACGUCACCAUUCUGGCAUACGACUCGAAGGAAGGCAAUGACCUAGCCAAUGGCGUCAAGUCACAAUUCGAGUCCAAGGGGUUUACUGUGCAAGUCUCCCACCAGCACACAGUUCCUGCAGAUGGGUCUCUCGUCAUCUCACUCCUGGAUCUUACUGGAAACACAAUUUACAAUCUGAGCGCCGAGACAUUCCGACCUUUCAUGGACAGUCUAUGCAACUUGCGCGGUUCUCUCAUUUGGGUCAUCCCUACUGUUCAUGGCGUUUGCAAGGAUGCCGAGCCAGCCAUGAUCCAGGGCACUGCCAGGACCGUUCGCAUGGAGAACAAGGCGGACAUUACUCUUGUCGAAGUCGAUGAUAUUUCAAGAUCAGGAAAUGGCAUUUCCAAAGCUCUAUUCAAUAUUGUUCAGAGCCUGCCAAAUCGUCGCAAAGGCGGAGAGUUGGAUGCGGACUUUGACUACGCCAUCGUGGACGGCAAGGUUCAAAUCCCUCGCAUGUACUGGUUCGGCUUCUCCGAGCCUGAAAUUAGCAAGACGCUUCCAUCAACGAAAGAAGCUCCCAUGUUUCGGGAAGACGUCUCGUACCUUCUUAUCGGUGGGUUUGGCGGCCUUGGUCGAUCUGUGGCCACUUGGCUUCUCGAGCAUGGAGCUCGCAACCUCGUCUUCCUGUCGAGAUCCGCUGGCAGUGCUGAUAACGAGCCCUUCGUUAAAGAGCUCGAGAGCUAUCCUGGCUCCGUUAUAAAGACAGUUUCCGGAGACGUCAGCAAUGCCGAUGACGUUCUCAAGGCAAUCAAUGAAGCUCCCAAGCCCGUCGCCGGAGUGAUGCAACUAUCUCUCAUUCUCAAGGACAACUCCACUGCUGAUAUGACUUGGGAGGAGUGGAGUGGAGUAGUUGAUCCUAGGGUCCGUGGUACCUGGAACGUACAUCAAGCACUUCUGGAUGCGAACAUUCCGUUGGACUUUUUCGUCAUCUUCGGCUCUGGUGGUGGGCACACUGGUUACUAUGGCCAAGCCAACUACAGUGCGGCCAAUACCUACCUUGACGCUUUUGUUGAAUACCGCCAUCACCUUGGUCUUCCAGCCUCCAUCAUCGAUCUUGGUGUGGUUGGUGACGUCGGAUACCUCCUCGAGCGGGACGAUCUCUAUGAGGGCUUCAGGAAUGGUGGCUUCUUCUUCUUGAAGGAGCAGGACGUUCUCGACUCUGCGGCCAUCGCUGUGGCUAAUUCCUCCGGAGGGCCGUACAGCAGCUUCUGUCUUGGAGGACUCUCUGAGAAGCCCCUUUCUGACCCCUCUAAUCGUGUCAACUGGAAGAGAGAUGUUCGCUUCGCUCAGUCUCAUUAUUUUCACAAGUCGAAUGUCGCAAGCCCUGGAGAGGCUAAGGAGAAUGAUGAGGCCGAGACAUUCAUCUCGCUCGCCAGAUCAGAUCCCGCUACUCUCCGAGACAGCGCGACAGUCACGAGCCUCGCUGGCUUCAUCAGUGCCACUCUCAGUCACCUUAUGCUGAGGCCAGUUGAGGAUUUCCCCCUUACUGAGAAUUUGACCUCGAUUGGUUUGGAUUCCAUCAUUUCGAUCGAGUUAGUGGACUGGAUUCAUCAACAAUUUCACAUUGGUUUGACUUCUAUGGAAGUCACGCAGUGUACUUCUUUAAUGCAUCUCGCUGAGAAGAUCAUCGAGGAAGUCAUUUCAUCCGUGUGA